AUGGAUGAUACUGAAAGUACAACUACAUCAGCCGAUGAGAAUACAGGUAACCUACUCGAUAACCCAACGAGAGACACACUUGCAGAGGGCCUCCUUGGUUUUCUAAAACCCACUGUUGACCAGUUAGACGACAGAGUUAGAGCCACAAGAAUAUCUCAACUAGAAUUGAAGCAACAGAUAGAAUCAUUGAAUGAAGAACUACAGAAUGUCCGUUCUGCACUAAAUGAUCAUCCAGAUCUUGACCCUUAUGUUAAGAAGUUAAUUUCAUGUAAACAUAAAGUGACUGUGGUACUCAACGUCUUACAAGCCUCACAGGACAGAUUAAAUGAAAUUCGCCGGGUAGUAAAUAAGGAGAAACGUGUACGUACAGCUGUAUUACCCGAAGCAGCGCCACAAGAGCCUGAACAGGGCACAAGUGCUGAAGACAGUUUCCUGCUCAUUGAUGCAUUAGAAAAAGAUUUAGAAUAUUUAAAAGCCAAGAACCCUGUUUUCUGCUUAGAAGUUGGUUCAGGCAGUGGUAUUGUAAUAACAGCUUUGGGUAUGGUGUUGCCACAAUGUUUCUGUAUAAGUACAGAUAUUAACAGAAAUGCUUGUGUUAUGUCCAAGGACACAGCAUCAUAUAAUAAGGUUGUUUUGGACGCUUGUAACAUGGAUUUGGCCUGUUUAUUUGUUGAUAAAAUGUUUGAUGUUGUUAUAUUUAACCCGCCGUAUGUUGUGACGGAGAGUGAAGAGUGCAGACGGACCGACAUCACAGCUAGUUGGGCCGGUGGAGUUAAAGGCCGUGAAAUAACUGACAGACUACUUGACAUAAUACCAAAGAAACUUGCCGAUGAUGGGGUCUUUUACCUGCUGCUUGUUCAAGAAAACAUUCCAGAUGAAGUCGUAAAAAUUAUGUCUGGUUAUGGCUACAAGUGCGACAUAGUUAUUAAAAGAAAAGUUAGGAAUGAACAACAAUUAGUUUUAAAGUUCUAUAAUUAA